CGGAUAAACAAUAGACUAUAUAUCAAGUGAAUUACAAAAAUGUCUGUGUUGCGGCUUAAUUAUAGUAUAAUUAAAUUAAAUAAACUAUUGCAAAGUAAUUUAAAUGCAAAGCAUUUGUCGGCACUGCUUCAUUUUGAUAGUUCAUUAAAUGAAAAGAAAAGCUUAAUAUUACAGCAACAGACAGAGAAAAAAUUUCAGCCCGUGAUUCUGAAGAAUUUGUACUGUACCGUCCAGUCAAUCAAUAAUGAGGAAGAACCGAAAAAUCAGAAUAAUAAACAAUCGAGUGAUCUUCAACAUGUUUAUGAUACUCUUUCAAAUACUUUGCCGUCAUUGUUUAUUCAGCCUAUGGAUUACAGAAUCUAUAAUCCAAAUUUAAUAUUCGAAAACAAUAUACGGGGAACAAGAACAGUUGGACUGUUUCAAUAUGUAAAGCAAAUAGCAUUGCUGAGAACUGUUGGGCAUAUAAAGUUUGCUUAUGUUAAAUUUGAGAUCGUCAAGAUAACGAUGAGCAAAGAGGAUCAUUCAGUUCGAGUUCGAUGGAGAAUUAGAGGGAUUAGUGCAUGGAAAGUCAUGCUUACAUUCUGGAAAUAUAAGCUAUGGAAUAUUAGAGAAGCUUUUGAUAGUCAAGAAACCUGGUAUGAUGGAUUUUCUACAUUCUUUGUAGGCGAUGAUGGACUUGUAUUUAAGCAUGUUUUAGAUAGGUUAAUGCCUGAUGAAAAUAAGGAAAUACUGACAAACGACAACAAAAUAGGCGUUUCGGCUUAACUUAAACUAUGGAUGUGAAAUGAACUAGUAAAGACUUCAAAAACUGUAAAUAACGCAAAAAAUAAUAAAUUUAAAUUAAUUGAAAUUUGAAAUUUAGAGAGAAAAAAUCGUCAACGACCAAAUUAUUUUU